CCCCCUGAAAGAAAGUCCGCGACACUACUGUUGGGAAUUGAGAUUCGCAAAUUUUUCAACGUGAAAGUCGGAGUUGUGGCCCUACCCCCCUCUCUCUCUCUCUCCAUCACCUCCCUUUUCUCUUUCUCUCUCUCUCUCUCUCCCCCCCCCCCCCUCUCCCUCUCCCUCUCCUGGCACACGGGCCAUGCUCACCUUCUUUUGUGUACGGUUUCGAUUUUGUCGGAUGGGCCAAAGCACCUCUCUGAUACUCUCCGAUUUGGUACUGCGGGGUUGACCAAAGGGUAACAUAGUUUUUAGUUUUUUUCAUAGUUUUUUUCUUUUUUCACACAGAGAGAGAGAGAGAGAGAGAGAGAGAGAGAGAGAGAGAGAGAGAGAGAGAGAGUUCUGAUUGAUUAGGAAUCGAGGGCCAUUAUGGGAUCAGGGUAGGAGCCAAGAGAGAGAGAGAGAGAGAGAGAGAGAGAGUUCUGAUUGAUUAGGAAUCGAGGGCCAUUAUGGGAUUAGGGUAGGAGCUGAGUUGGCUCAAUCGGGACGUUGACAGCCUGGAACGGGAUCGCGACAGUCUGGACUUGACAGGGUUGAUUUUCUUGCAACGGAUUGAGCACGGAUGGAAAUUCGCUCUCCCGACGUCAUUUCUUGAUUGGUUAGUUUAUCAUUUUCAUCUUUUUUUUUUCAUUUUUUUUCUCCAUUGAUUGCAAUUGGUAUGCGAUCGAUUAUCAUUUCAAUCGCGUCCUAUCCUAUCCAAUCCAAUCCAAUCCAAUCAGUCCAUCCAUCAAUUGAUUGAUUGCUUACUCUCUGAUUGCUUGCUUGCCUGUUUGCUCUCUUGUUUGCUUCUUGCUUGUUUGAUUAAUAGAUGGAUUGAUUGGAUGACUGAUUGAUUGAUUGAUUGAUUGAUUGAUUGAUUGAUUGAUGGAUGGAUGGAUUGAUUCACAGUGCGAUGACAAUCAGUAUCGAAGUGUUUACGACAGUGAGUAGGAGUGGGGAAGGAAGGACUUUGCUAAUUUGAUUGAUUGAUUGAUUGAUUGCUUGAUUGCUUGCUUGAUUGAUUGAUCUGGGUACCUGGACCUGCUGACAUGGACCAGCAGGUCCAGAGGUUGGUUUGCUAAUUUUUCAGAUAAUCCGAUCUGUCAGGCGAUCUGAUGAGUCCACGUCAGCAAUCAAUCAUCUUAUUUCCCAUAGAAUAAUUUAGUUUUAUUAGAUUACAUCGAUCUGUCCACGUCAGCAAUCAAUCGAUCAAUCAAUCUAUCAAUCAAUCAAUCAAUCAAUCAUCACGAUGAAUGUCGAUAAUCGGAGGGGUGAGUUAGGGGAGCUGAAGUCGCAGCUCCGCCAGCUGGCAGGCAGUCGGGCUCCCGGCGCCGAGGACCUCAAGCGCGAGCUAUUUAAGAAAGUGACCUCUUAUAUGACAGUCGGGAUCGAUGUCUCCGCCCUCUUCAGUGAGAUGAUUAUGUGUGCCAGCAAUGCAGACAUUGUGCUCAAGAAGAUGUGUUAUCUCUACUUGGGCAAUUACGCUGCCACAAAUCCCGAGCUUGCUCUCCUGACCAUCAACUUCUUGCAGAAAGAUUGCCAGGAUGAGAACCCUAUGAUUAGGGGGCUCGCCUUGAGGAGUCUGUGCUCUUUGAGGGUGCCCAAUCUCGUUGAGUACUUCACAGGACCAAUCAAGCAAGGCCUCAAGGAUGCCAAUCCGUACGUCCGGUCUGUAGCAGCUAUGGGGGUGCUCAAGCUCCACCACAUCUCGCCGGCGUCGGUGAAGGACAACGAAUUUCAGAAGACGCUGAAGGUGCUAGUGAUACAGGAUCCCGACGCACAGAUACUGUACAUGGGUAGGGUGAGGUCUAGGGAUCGAACCCUGGGUACUGCGUCCGCUACUGCUAAAAGGAUGAAGGAAUUCAGCGAAUGGGCCCAGUGUCUGGUCCUGGAGCUGGUUUCGAAGUAUGUCCCGGCGCAUGCCAACGAGACCUUUGACAUUAUGAACGUCCUAGAAGACAGGCUGGUUCACGCCAACAGCGCUGUAGUCCUCGCAACGUGCAAAGUGUUUCUACAUCUCACCAUGUCCAUGGCCGAUGUGCAUCAACAGGUGUACGAGCGAAUAAAGUCGCCAUUAGUUACGCUGAUUACCACGGGGACGUCGGAGCUAGCAUACGCGGUGCUCAGCCACUUGCAUAUGCUCAUAUUGCGUUCUCCGACUCUUUUUGUGAGCGACUACAAGUUCUUCUACUGCCGCUACAGCGAUCCGUCAUAUGUGAAGAAGCUGAAGUUGGAGAUCUUGACAGCAAUUGCCAAUGAGAGCAACACAUAUGAAAUAGUCACGGAGCUAAGCGAGUAUGCUACGAAUGUGGAUGUGCCGAUUGCUCGGGAAUCAAUCAGAGCCGUCGGUCGGAUCGCUCUUCGCCGAUACGAUAUCAAUGGAAUAGUCGACAGGUUGCUGCAGUUCCUGGAGAUGGAUACAGAUUACGUCACUGCCGAGACUUUGGUCCGCCUGGAGAUGCUUACGGCGUGCAUCAAGCUGUUUUUCAAACGACCUCCGCAAUGCCAGAGUAUGCUCGGUGCGGCACUGAAGGCCGGCAUUCACGAUUCUCACCAAGAUGUACACGACAGGGCGUUGCUGUACUACAGACUGCUUCAGGAGGGAGUGGGGCUGGCUGAGAAAGUCAUAAACCCUAAAAAGCAGGCUGUUGCAGAUUUUGCAGAGUCACAGAGCAGCGAGAUCAAGGACCGUAUCUUCGACGAAUUCAACACUCUUGCCGUGGUUUACCAAAAGCCAUCUUAUAUGUUUUUGAACAAAGAGCUGGUAGGAAACACAGAAAGUGAAUCGUUGAUGGGGGAGAGAGAGUUGUCUUCGCCGUCGGCACAUGAUGGAUUCCUUCACCAAUCGGAGUUUUCGGACAAUGACAUGCUGCUCAGUGCUUCGGAGAAGGAGGACACACGAUUGAUAUCUACUGGCAAUGGAGCUGAUGCAUACAGUGCACCAGAGAUUUCCAUUCUCGAUGUCGCGCCGGCGGUGUCAUCAUCGUUGCUCUUGGAAGCGCCGGCAACGGUUGCCUCUCAACCAAAGCCGGCGGGCACACAUCAAAGAGAGAUGCCCCUGCUCCCGGAAUUCGAAACUCCGGUCCCAAGUUCAAGACAAGCGACUCCGCCAUUGGCGUCGCAGGCUGUGCCUAUGGACGACUUGUUUUCUGGCCUGAGCGUUCCCGACACAGCGGCGGCUGCGCCGGCUCCUCCUCCUCAGCAGCUGGUGCUUGCACCCCGGCCUUCUCUUGACGCCAAGGCUUUUCAGCAGAAAUGGGGCCAGCUGAGCGUUGCUUUGACUGUGGAGGAGAAGCUGGCGCCGACUGGAAUCAUGAAAUUGGCGACACCCCAGCCCUUGAAUGUCCACAUGAUUGACCGACACAUAUUCUGCAUGGCAUCGGGAGGAAAGCCCCCCAAUUUCAAGUACUUCUUCUACGCGCAGAGCCAACCAAAUUUUCUUGACCCAUCGGCUCAAGCGGGGUUUUUCUUGGUCGAGCUCCAUGUCGAUACCGCUCGUGCAAUGGCAUCCGGCAAAAUAAAAGCAGAUGAUGUCUCUCUUGCACCCGCCUUUGCUGAGCUUUUUAGGGUAGCGCUAGCUCGUUUUGGCCUCCUUUAGAAGGGGAGGCAUAUCAAGUCUGAUGAUGAAGAGGCUUUUUCUUUUGGGGGGGGGGGGGGGGGGUCUUCGGGAAGAGGGGGUCCAACUUGACCCCGCAGGGUGUCAUUUCGUUUGGGCUCAAGGCAAGAUCUGUGAGUCGGUGUUGAUUUGUUGUCUAUUGCAGAUAUCUUGGUUCUCUGCUUGGACUGUGAAUCGAGCAGCGUGAAAGCAGCUUCGGUGGGGCAUGUCAAGUCUGAUGAUGAAGAGGCUUUUUCCUUGGGAGGGGGGGAAGGGGGCGUGGGGAGCAGAGGGGCCCUGAGGGGCGUCCACAGGGUGACAUUUCGUUUCGGCGUAAGCCUUAAGGCAAAAUAUCUGUGAGUCGGUGUUGGUGUUGGUUUGUUGGCUAUGGCAGGGAUCUUGGUUCUCUGCUCUGACUGUGCAUCAAGCAGAGUGAAAGUAGCUUCGACAGAAAUAAAGCCACAGGUGAUGUCUCUUGUCUUCCUCCUGCUUUUGCUGUGCUCUUUCCGGAUAAAUGUUGGUCCAUAUAUCUCUUAAGAGGGGUCACCCAUGCGCUUGCACGGUGGACUUAUGAGGUCUUUUUCUGAGAAGUCCAGUUUGCUACUGGUAGUCAGAGGCCUGCAGUAGCGUCCCCACGUUGCAGAGAGGCGUGCGCUCUGCUCAAUUUGCAGGUUGAGAAUCUAUGGCGCAUACUGCACAGGUCACUGCAGGCUUGUAUUAUGGGAGCCACACGCCAAGGCCCGAGGAGGUCGAUAGACAGGUGGCACCUUGACGUGUGGUUUGACGCAGCUCGUGUGCUGACACAUGUCAUUCAUAGAGUGUCACACAUGACAGCAAGGUCAACAUGGAGUGUGACACUUUGCUAGUCGAGACCUGCCACACCUUGGCGGUCACCUUGUUUGCAUCUGCUGACGAGUUCGCAUGUGUGUGCGACACGUGGCCGGUGGAUACAUCGGCCACACCUUCCUGGUCGACUUCUGCGCAACAAUUGGCCAGUUGACGCUUGUCUGUGACACAUGGCGAGGUUGAGAAAUCUGCCACACAUCAGCGGGUCCACGUGUGACAAAUCCCACCAUGUACGUUGACAUGCCGGUGGCAUCCGGCAAGAUGGCAUGCGCGUGUGACACUCGACAGGUUGUCGGUCACCUUGCAACUACUGUGGUGACCCUCCUGCGAGUCCAUGCAGGUAAAGGCUGGGGCGUGUGGUAAGCACUGCUGAGGCAGACACCAGAAUAAAGUCAGCUGAUGUGCCUCUGGCUCCUGCUGCAGCAGCAUUUCUGAAGGAUUACAGGCCUGAGGUGUUUGGAACUCCCUGGAGGGGUAAUCUUCCUGAUAUCUUGGUUCUCUGCUUGGACUGUGAAUCGAGCAGCGUGAAAGCAGCUUCGGUGGGGCAUGUCAAGUCUGAUGAUGAAGAGGCUUUUUCCUUGGGAGGGGGGGAAGGGGGCGUGGGGAGCAGAGGGGCCCUGAGGGGCGUCCACAGGGUGACAUUUCGUUUCGGCGUAAGCCUUAAGGCAAAAUAUCUGUGAGUCGGUGUUGGUGUUGGUUUGUUGGCUAUGGCAGGGAUCUUGGUUCUCUGCUCUGACUGUGCAUCAAGCAGAGUGAAAGUAGCUUCGACAGAAAUAAAGCCACAGGUGAUGUCUCUUGUCUUCCUCCUGCUUUUGCUGUGCUCUUUCCGGAUAAAUGUUGGUCCAUAUAUCUCUUAAGAGGGGUCACCCAUGCGCUUGCACGGUGGACUUAUGAGGUCUUUUUCUGAGAAGUCCAGUUUGCUACUGGUAGUCAGAGGCCUGCAGUAGCGUCCCCACGUUGCAGAGAGGCGUGCGCUCUGCUCAAUUUGCAGGUUGAGAAUCUAUGGCGCAUACUGCACAGGUCACUGCAGGCUUGUAUUAUGGGAGCCACACGCCAAGGCCCGAGGAGGUCGAUAGACAGGUGGCACCUUGACGUGUGGUUUGACGCAGCUCGUGUGCUGACACAUGUCAUUCAUAGAGUGUCACACAUGACAGCAAGGUCAACAUGGAGUGUGACACUUUGCUAGUCGAGACCUGCCACACCUUGGCGGUCACCUUGUUUGCAUCUGCUGACGAGUUCGCAUGUGUGUGCGACACGUGGCCGGUGGAUACAUCGGCCACACCUUCCUGGUCGACUUCUGCGCAACAAUUGGCCAGUUGACGCUUGUCUGUGACACAUGGCGAGGUUGAGAAAUCUGCCACACAUCAGCGGGUCCACGUGUGACAAAUCCCACCAUGUACGUUGACAUGCCGGUGGCAUCCGGCAAGAUGGCAUGCGCGUGUGACACUCGACAGGUUGUCGGUCACCUUGCAACUACUGUGGUGACCCUCCUGCGAGUCCAUGCAGGUAAAGGCUGGGGCGUGUGGUAAGCACUGCUGAGGCAGACACCAGAAUAAAGUCAGCUGAUGUGCCUCUGGCUCCUGCUGCAGCAGCAUUUCUGAAGGAUUACAGGCCUGAGGUGUUUGGAACUCCCUGGAGGGGUAAUCUUCCUGGUGAAUUUGUUGUUAUGUUCUGCCUCUUGUCUGUCAAGUGAAGUCUAGAAUAGUCCACAAGUGUGCAUCCCGCUCUCUCUCUCUCUCUCCUUGUCUCUCUCUCUCUCUCUCUCUCUCUCUCUCUCUCUCUCUCUCUCUCUCUCUCUCUCUCUCUCUCUCUCUCUCUCUCUUCCCACACACCCAUUGUCCUCGUCUCUGGAUCCCCAUCAUCCCCUACAUCAUCAUAAUCAGGACUGGUGCUCCUCGAAUGAAGCCCCAAGUUCUUA